AUGUCAAGAAUGAUUGAGGGGCGGAUUGGACCAUCAGAUCUAUCAGUGCCAGAAGUGAAUGAAGGACAAGUGGAACUCAACGAAGUCGAUCAGAAUGAUGCAAGCUCGUUGAACUCACAAAUUCAAGAAGUAAAUAGGGAACAAAUAAGUAUAGGAGAUAUGCCGAAGAAAAUCUGGUUUAAGAGGCAUCAAAAUGAAACGUCCAACAUCGAAAUAUUCAAAAGGAAGCAUUCAGAAUGUACGACUCACAAAGAUGAGAAGCGGUUCAAAUACGAAAUAUCCAAGGAAGAUUUCGCUGUUCCAUCGAGUACACAUAUCAAGAAUCAUACCGGUAAGAAGUCCUUCCCUCGUUCGAAUUCCGCCCAGUUAUGGAAUCCGGAUGGACAUAUGAGUAUUCAUCUCGAUGAAAUAGUCUCUUGUUCCGAAUGCAUGGUGAAUUUCACCUGGUUAGAUACUCCGCGUGCACAUAUGAAGAAGCUGUACAAUUGUUCAGAAUGCAAAAUGAAUUUCACAAGGAAAGAUGUUCUGGAUAUACAUAUGAGGAUUCAUACCGGUGAGAAACCAUACAAUUGCUCAAAGUGCAAAAUGAACUUCACAAGGAAAGAUGUUUUGGAUAUACAUAUGAGGAUUCAUACCGGUGAGAAACCAUACAAUUGCUCAAAGUGCAAAAUGAAUUUCACCCAGAAAAAUAAUCUGAAUACACAUAUGAGGAUUCAUACCGGUGUGAAACCGUACAAUUGUUCUGUGUGCGGGAAAAAUUUCAGACAAUCAGCGCAUAUGAAACGUCACAUAAAGAUUCAUGACAGUAAUAGAUCCAAAUUCAAUUGCACUGCAUGCCGUAAAGCUUUCAUGACGAAAUCCGGCUUGAACAGACACAUGAAGAGUCAUGUGAUGGACUGGUAA